AUCUUUGUUCAUUAAAUGUUCAUGUGAUAUUAUGUCCUAAUAUAUUGGAAUACAUUAUGUAGCCUAUUGGCCAUUGAUAUUUAAACCAGUGAAAAGUAUUGAUCAUUGAGUGAUAUACGAAUGUUAAUUGAUAAAUACCUUUUAAGGUGCAUUUUGGAUUAUCUCCGGUCAAUCAACAGAAACUACAGCCCCCAUAGUUCCUUGCAAAAUCUCACAGACUCAGUUGCUCUGAAAUGCAUUCAACUGAGCAACAGCGCGCACACGAGUUCAGUCGGGGAAGAAUUUAGAGGUAGGUUUUACCUACUUUCCUUGUCAAUGUACAAAGUUGUAUGUACAUUGUUUAAAACCCAAUUAUUGGUGUCAACUUCAGCUAGCUAACAAGUUCACCAAUGUUCCCUGCAAUAAGAUAAUAUUAACUCGCAUGAUGGAGCUAACAUUAGCUAGAUAGUGUCAGCUACUGUAGGCAGUUAGCUAAAUUGUAUAGGCUAUUUGAUUUUAGCUGUAGCUAGCUCUCUGACAUUGUUCACUAGCAAGGGGUUUAUUAAAAUAAGCUCCUACCUCUUCCAGACAAGCUUAGCUACCUUUAGCUAACUAACGUUAGGUAUUCCAGACUGGAAUCUGGUUAGCUAACGUAACUAGUUAGCUAACAUUGAAUAUGGCUCGUGCCAGCCAUGCGUGCAGAAGUUGCACCCACCCCUGUUUUAGCGAAUACUUUUUAAAGUGACUAUGUCUUGUCUCACGCAUGCAGCAUUGCAAUUACAAAGCUUUCUAACCAAGGUAAACGUUACACAAGUCGUUCGUUGUGAAUCCAUUUUUUUGGAGUGUGUCAACCCCAAGUUAAUAAAUCAGUCCAACAGAGAACAACAAAGUUAUCAUACACUGACUGCACCCAAAUAAUACUCGUUACCUGACAGCUCAGAUCUGUUAGGGUCGUUGUUUGCCAUGGUUGUUACUAUAAUACGUGUGAUUUGAUGUCCCUGCCUGGAAAGGACCGCUUUGGACAUAGGGAGUUUGGUUGAGCACCAUCCCACAAAAUAAUGAAGAAUAAAGCACUCUGUCAGAAAACAAACUUUGAGUGACUAUUUGCAAACAUGAUUGUAUUUUACAGGUUCACACAGACCAGAGGUCCAGCUGUAAACUAGCUUGCUUUCAAUCAUUGUUAAUCCAUGGAAUGGAGCAAAGGUUGACAUUCUCUCAUACAUAGAGUAUGAAAAUGGCUGCAGGUAGCACUUUAACUCCAUGUUCGUCAUUGUGAAAGGUUUCCCUCUCACCCCCUCUAAUGUUUAACACUGGAUCCUUUGUGGAACUUGUAAGGGAAGAGUGCUAACAGGAAUCUCUACUCAUUGUCUGCUUAGAACAUCUAAAUUGGUGGUUUAGGCCCUACUCUCUGGUUUCUAUGAAAAGUCCUAUACCAAGCCUCUUCACUAUAGCAAUACCACUUAGUCAUUUGAUACAGUCAGAGGUAGACUUGGGACUCCAGUGUCCACUGUCAGGCCACUACCAUGGUGGGCAAAGACGCUAUGGUGAGUGGGGACAGGGCUGUGGAGGAAGAGGCUGAACUGGACCUGAAGGAGACCUCCCCUGGAGAGCCUGACCCUGAGAUGGCUCUUCCCCCACCUGAGGACCCCUCAGACGGCCAGACCAAGACCGCCCGGACCUGGGAGUUGUCGGUGGUGUUCCUGUGUUUCUAUGGGUUUAUGGUGCAGCUGAAGCCUGGGGAGCCCUUUAUAACACCAAACCUGCUCAGCAUGGAGAAGAACUUCACCAGGGAACAGGUGACCAAUGAGAUCAACCCGAUCCUGUCCUACUCCUACAUGGCGGUGCUGGUGCCAGUCUUCCUCCUGACAGACGUCCUGCGUUACAAGCCCGUCCUGGUCCUCUCCAGCCUCAGCCACGUGGCCAUCUGGCUCCUCCUCCUCCUGGGUUCCUCCCUCUUAGAGAUGCAGUUCAUGGAGUUCUUCUACGGCAUCACCAUGGCAGCACGCGUGGCUUACUCCUCCUAUAUAUUCUCCCUGGUCACCCCAGAGCUCUACCAACGUGUGGCCAGCUACUCGCGCUCUUGUGUCCUCAUGGGGGUGUUUGCCAGCUCGGUGCUGGGCCAGGUGCUGAUAUCCGUGGGCAGGCUCUCCUUCGCCAUGCUUAGUGCUGUCUCCUUGGCCUUGGUGUCCUUCGGCCUGGUGCUCUCCUGCUGCCUGCCCUGGCCCAAGAGGUCCCUGUUCUUCAACAGGGCCCACCACGCUGCCCAGAGGAACCUCCAGGAGCAGGCUGCCGCCCAGUCGGAGCUGGCCAGGAUGAAGCAGGGCGAAGCGGGCCUGGGUUCAGGUGACACACCCUCCCUGGCCCCUCUCAGCUCUGGUUCCUCCUGGAGGGACUCAGUGUUUAUUCAGAUGCUGAAGGAGCUGAGGAACGUGCCGCGGAGGCCCAGCCUGAGACUGUGGAGCCUGUGGUGGGUGUUCAACUCCGCUGGCUACUACCUGGUGCUGUUGUACAUCCAUGUCCUGUGGAACAAGGUGUACCCCGCCACGGAGAACAAACACGUCUACAACGGAGGGGUGGAGGCUGUCUCCACACUACUAGGUGCGAUCACGUCGUUUGCAGCGGGCUUCGUGAAGAUCCGCUGGAACGUGUGGUCUGAGCUGGUGAUCGGCAUCAUCACGGCUCUACAGGCUGCCCUGCUGCUCCUCAUGGGGACCACCAGCAACAUCUGGGUCUGCUAUGUGGCCUACUCCCUCUUCAAGGGUUUCUACCAGUUCCUCGUGCCCAUCGCCAUUUUCCAGAUCGCCUCGUCGCUCACCAAGGAGCUGUGUGCCCUGGUGUUUGGGGUCAACACUUUCCUGGCGACCGUUCUGAAGACCAUCAUCACCCUCAUCGUCUCUGACAAGAAGGGUCUGGGACUAGACGUACACUCCCAGUUCCUGGUCUACUUCUUCUACUUUGCCUUGCUGACGGUUAUCUACCUGGGCUGUGCUGCCUGGGUCAUCAUUCGCCACUACAGGAACCAAUCGGCAGGAGGUGGAGGGGACACAGACCAGGCCACGCCCACUGAGCUAUGUUCCGUACCAUCAAACCCAUCGGAGACGGAACCUCUGUCCAAUGGGAACAACGUGAAGGCCUGAAAGGGAUAUUCUGGAAUGUUGGCAGUGAAGCCCUUUAUCUACUUCCCCAGAGUCAGAUUAACUCGUGGAGACCAUUUUUAUGUAUCUGCAUGCAAUUUAAAGGAAUUUGCUACCUAGCGUUAGCCAAAUUGCUAACUGCCGUUAGCGUAAUGACUGGAAGUCUAUCGGAACAGCUAGCAUGCAAGUUGUUCAUGUAGACUUCCUGUCAUUGCGCUAGCUAACGCUAGUUGGCAUUGGAUCGCGAAACUACCUCUAACUUCCUUCAUACUGGAUGCAGAGACAUACAAAUGGUAUCCAUGAGUUCAUCUGACUGUGUGGAAGUAGAUAAAGGGUCUCCUUGCCAAAAUCCUUAACUAUCCCUUGAACAUUGUAUCAUCUUUACAUCAACACCUAAACCCCCUACACUGACUUUGAGUAGUGGUCUAAACGGUCUGGGAAUCUCUCGCUACGGCUUCCACACGACUGCACAAGGACAGAUGAGACUUAGAGGUGAGUCGAGACCUCAUGACACUUUGAUGGAUGUGUUGGGGAGUGUAGUUUACCAGUGUUAGUGAACAGUCACUGUUCUCAGCCCUUAGUGCCUUAUCCGUUAUAUCCAACGUGUAUUCAGUUCACCAAAAGGAUGUUAUUAUGGAAUACAUAUUUUUUUCUUAAUGUUUUUAAAGAAUUACAGGCAGGGCCCACCUACAUUACUACCAGAUAAUAAAAGCUCACUCGAUGGAGCCUAAUGGUCUUGUAAGCAGCGGUGGAAAAAGUACCAACUUGUCAUACUUGAUUAAAAGUAAAGAUACCUUCAUAGAAAUGACUCAAGUAAAAGUCUAAAAGUAUUUGGUUUUAAAUAAACUUAAGUAUUAAAAAGUAAGAGUAUAAAUGACUUAUUAAGCAAACCAGAUGGCACAAUUGCAUUUUUUCUUCAUCAGUAGCCAGGGGGACACUCCAACACUGAGACAUCAUUUGUGUUUAGUGAGUCCGCCAGAUCAGAGGCAGUAGGGAUGACCAGGGUUGUUCUCUUGAUAAGUGUGUGAAUUUGACCAUUUUUCUGU